AUGGAUCGCCAUCCCUUCAUUUUGACACAGCAUAGAGGUGGCUCAAUCUGGUGUCCAAGCAACACAGAAGAGAAAAAUAUAACACACAUCUCAGAAUUCCACCUCAUGGGACUCUCAGAUGAUCCACAGCUUCAACCCAUACUCUUUGGACUGUUUCUGUUCAUGUACCUGGCCACAAUGCUUGGGAACUUGCUCAUCAUCCUGAUAGUCAGUUCUGAUUCCCACCUCCACAGUCCAAUGUACUUUUUCCUCUCUAACUUAUCCUUGGCUGACAUCAGUUUCACCUCCACCACACUACCAAAGAUGAUAGUGGACAUUCAGACCCACAGUAGAGCCAUCUCCUAUUCAGGAUGCCUGACUCAGAUGUCCUUUUUCAUGCUUUUUGGGUGUUUGGAUAGUCUGCUUCUAACUGUAAUGGCUUAUGAUAGAUUUGUGGCCAUCUGCCAUCCUUUGCACUAUCAGGUCAUUAUGAAUCCUCGUCUUUGUGGCUUGUUAGUCUUUGUGUCUGUUCUAAUCAGCUUUUUGGUUUCUCAGAUGCAUAAUUCAGUAGUAUUACAACUUACCUACUUCAAGAGUGUGGAAAUUUCCCAUUUCUUCUGUGAUCCUUCUCAACUUCUCAACCUUGCCUGUUCUGAUACUUUUACCAAUAACAUAGUCAUGUAUUUUGUUGGUGCCAUCUCUGGUUUUCUUCCUAUCUCUGGAAUUUUUUUCUCUUAUUAUAAAAUUGUUUCCUCGAUUCUUAGAAUGCCAUCACUUGGUGGGAAGUAUAAAGCCUUCUCUACUUGUGGCUCCCACUUGUCAGUUGUUUGCUUAUUUUAUGGGACUGGCCUUGGGGUGUACCUCAGUUCAGCUGUCUCAUUGUCUCCCAGGAAGGGUGCAGCAGCAUCAGUCGCAUACACUGUGGUCACUCCCAUGCUCAACCCCUUUAUCUACAGCUUAAGAAAUCAGGACAUCAAGAGGGCCAUGUGGCGUCUCCUCAGAAAACAAAACUCCUAA